GACUCUAAAACCAGUGCGCAUGCGCAACUGGGAGCCAAGUCUGGCGUGGCAGCUAGCGCCUCGUACCAAUUGCGCAGGAAUUAAAAUCGUGGAUCGUCGAUAUCUUAUCUGCUCUUAAACCUCACGACGCAACUUUGAAUUACCACCGGCAGAGUUUUUAUCGACCAUUGGACCAUGGUUUCAUUUUCAUCCUUCACAAUAAAACUAGAUCACACGACGUCAAGGUUACGAAUCGAAUUUACUGAUGUUGAUAUGUCAGAAGAAUGUGAUAUGAGCGUUUCAAAUCAUGGUCUCGACGGAGAUCAAAGACUCGUUGGCUUUCACAGCAUCAGUUUGCACGGUUCUGCAAUUCUUAGCCGGCGUGAAUGUGUUUUAGGCUGGUGUGCAGAAAGAUCAUUAAAAGCGGCACGACAGGAAGUAGCUCAGCCUUGGCAUUUGUAACAUGUUAUACAUCAUGCGUCUUAUGGAUGAGAUACGGUACUCUCAUUGGAGACCGGUUUAUAUUGGUAGUAAAUGUCUUUGGAACGAUUCUUCAAGCAUCUUACAUUUGCGUGUUCGUUUUAUAUAGCGUACAGAAAUCAAAAACUGUGAAACAAGCAAUUGCUGCGACUUUGUUUCUCGGAGCCGUGUACUUUUAUAGUUUCUACGAGGAAGAUCGAGCAUUAGCAGCAAAGUAUGUCGGGUUGCUCAGUUGUACGGUGACAGUAUUGUUCUUCGCAUCACCAUUGAUGAUGCUGGCGCACGUGAUAAGGGUGAAGAGUACAGAGAGUUUACCAUUUCCCAUUAUCGUGGCCUCUUUGAUAGUUUCCUCUCAGUGGUUCACGUACGGUUGCCUUCUCAACGAUCGUUUCAUACAGAUACCAAACUUUCUAGGCUGUGUGUUGUCCGCAUUUCAGCUUUGUUUCUUUUUAAUUUAUCGAAGCGAUCGGAUCUCAGAGGCUCACUUAAUAUAACUUUAUUCUUAAACUAUUUCUACACAAGUGUAACACCGAUGCAUUUUUUCAUGUACUCAUGAACGUUAUUUAAAAUAAGAUUACUUGUACUCACGAAAAGAAAAAAAAUAUAUAUAUUUUUAGAAAUAA